AGGUGUACCUGGACAGUGAGGCAGGUGGUCGCAGUUCUCCGUCUGGCUGUCGUCACCUUGGCAAUGUCUGCCAGGUGAACUGGAUGAAGGGGCGGGGUUAGAACAGGAGCGGUGACGCCUCCUGAGAGGAGCUGGACCUUUUGGGAUACAGGAAGAGGAACACUCACCCCAACUGGACCAACCAGUCCAGAACCCGUCUUUUGCUUUAGUUAAUCAUAUCCAUCCAAACUAACUGAUCACUGGCAUCAUUGAUACAACAUCAGCUCUGUAUCAUAUUCCAGUUGUGGGGAGGAUCCUGAACCAUGCGUUGUAUUCUUCUGCUCCUGGUUCUGGUUCUGGUUCUGGUUCUGGUUCAGGACGCUGCAAGCAACCAGAUUACAGAACGGAUUCAAUACAACUGUAAAAAGGUGUAUCCUGCCAGAUCAUGCGGUGACGGAUGGUACCGCAUCGAUGUGUAUCGCUGUGCUAAAUACUUCUGGACUCCACGAACAUUUCGAGAUGCAGACAAUGACUGCCGGCGUUUGAAGGGUCACCUGGUUUCGAUGCACAAUGUGGGGGAGUACAGUCACGUGUUGUGUUUGGCCUUCAGAGCCAACAAACGCAAAGAUCACUUUUGGAUCGGUGCGAGGAGUAAAUAUCUGUGGCACAGCUUUCAAUGGACCGACAAAACCCCAUUUGAGUUUGAGCGAUGGGCUUAUUUCCAGCCAGACAGGAUGCCCGGCGAAGAAUGUGUGGAGAUGAACUAUGAAACCUGGGGAAACUGGAACAACGCAGUCUGCACAGUCAAAAAGUACUAUGUGUGUGCCAGGAAGAUGUGAUCAUCAUCAUCAUCAUCAUCAUCAUCAUCAUCAUCAUGAAGAACUGAUCACCUGAGCAGUUGGAGUGUUUGAUUAUAAUCAGGAACCAAAUUUAUCAGACUUGUAAGUUUGUGAUUUUUACUUUAAUCACUCAAGUCCAAAAUUCGAUAAAUACGACGUCCAGAAACACAAACUCUGAAUUUACUGCAAUAAAUGAUCAGAAAACAUUUUCCUGCUUCUUGU